GUCUGUGCUCUGUAAGGAGAUGAAGUUCCCCAGCAGGGCCCCCAAGGCCCCCUCCCCGUCCGACUUUCUGGACAAACUGAUGGGACGGACCUCUGGCUACGACGCCCGCAUCCGGCCGAAUUUCAAAGGUCCCCCUGUCAACGUCACCUGCAACAUCUUCAUCAACAGCUUUGGAUCCAUCACCGAAACGACCAUGGACUACCGGCUAAACGUGUUCCUGCGGCAGCAGUGGAACGACCCCCGCCUGGCAUAUAAGGAGUAUCCAGACGACUCUUUGGACCUGGACCCCUCUAUGCUGGACUCCAUUUGGAAACCUGACCUGUUCUUCGCUAAUGAAAAGGGAGCCAACUUCCACGAGGUCACAACAGACAACAAACUGCUCCGGAUCUUCCAGAACGGCAACGUCCUCUACAGCAUCAGGCUGACCCUUGUCCUCUCUUGCCCCAUGGACCUUAAAAACUUCCCCAUGGACAGCCAGACUUGUACAAUGCAACUUGAAAGUUUCGGCUACACCAUGAACGACCUCAUUUUCGAGUGGCUGGACGUUGGAGCGGUGCAGGUGGCCGAUGACCUGAUGCUCCCUCAGUUUGUGCUCAAAGAGGAGAAAGGUCUUGGUUACUGCACCAAGUUCUACAACACAGGUAAAUUUACCUGCAUUGAGGUGAAAUUCUACCUGGAGCGUCAGAUGGGCUACUACCUGAUCCAGAUGUACAUCCCCAGCCUACUCACCGUCAUCCUGUCCUGGGUUUCGUUCUGGAUCAACAUGGACGCGGCCCCGGCCCGAGUGGGGCUGGGCAUCACCACCGUGCUCACCAUGACGACCCAGAGCUCCGGCUCCAGGGCCUCCCUGCCAAAGGUGUCAUACGUCAAAGCCAUCGACAUCUGGAUGGCCGUGUGUCUCCUCUUUGUGUUCGCUGCCCUGCUGGAGUACGCGGCCGUUAACUUCGUCUCCCGCCAGCACAAGGAAUUCUUCCGACUGAGGAGGAAGCUCAAAGAGCAGCAGCGGCACAGAACUGUGAGUGCAGCCCGCCCACUCUGCCCCUCGGGCAGCUGUCACCUGCUAUUCUCUACGCCUAGCUAUGCUGGAGCCACAGUCCAGCAGCCUGCUGUCCCACUGCCAGCGAAGGCACGCAGCACUGACCUGUACUUAAUU